UCAUCUAGGCCGAGCCCCCUCGAAUGCUUUUGAAGCUGACCGCCUGUGGGCCUUCUCCGCACAGUCCUGCGCCGGGCUCUGUUCUCAGUAUUAACCAGUUCGGUGUUUGCUUUCGUCUGAGUGGCCGAUUCGUCCACGACAGCCAGAAUUCCCCAGGGGAGCCCCUGCAGCUGCCCUUGGAGAUUGCCAAGGAAGAGGAAAGGCACACCCACGCCUUUGACGUGGUCACGGCGCCACCUUCAGCCCCUUGGGAGGGGACACGUGUGGAUCUGGGAGUGGUCUCCGUGCCCACCCACCAUCACGACAGCAUCAACCGAGGACAACCCUUGGUUGUCUGGCCCUGCUGCCCGCCUGGGGCGGUGUCGCUUGGGCAGAGGGCAGCUUUAAAGCACAAAACCACCGUAGGGAAGACUGUUGCUGGGACUUUCUCACGCCACCCAGUGUGGUGGAGACGCAGGCAGGCCGCUGCUGUGAAGUCAGAAACGCCCUGCUCUCUUCCAUCACGCGGACAAUGCCGACUCUUGGCGUCAUCCUCGGACGCAGCCUGGGCUGGGUGCAGGCACAGCCCCUGGCCUCUUCAGCGCCUGCCUGUGCCCGAUGUGUUCACCAUCGUGUUUGUGUGGACAGGGCCUGCCCUGCAAGAGCGAUCAUGCCACCAACUCCUGGAGAUUCUGGCCCAUCCCCUGGGCAUGGUGGCCUCUGGGGGACGAUCUGCAUCUUCAUCACCAGCCAAGACUAUUCUGAAAGCUUUACUUUCUGAGUCUUGCACUGUGAAGACAAUAGGGUCUCUCUCUGCUGUGUUUUCCGAAUAUAAAACCGAGUUUGUCCUGUCAACCUACACAGUCCGUGCUGCUUAUCUAGACCUAUGGCUGUUGACAGGUGAUCCAGCCGAUGAGAGGGACGGAGGCCCAGAGAAGCCAACAGAGUUGGCCCCAAUCCUACCAGGACAGAGAUGGCCUGAUGGACUUCCAUUACGUCCCCCAUGUGGUCUCUUCCCAUCAUGCCCGUUAACUUGGCUUGACCAACGUGAGGGGGUGACUUGGGGAGGGGGGGCAUCAGAACAGUCCCUGAAGUGGGUCCCGUACAGACACACUUGACCCGAUUGUGCUUCGGAGGUCAGGGAAGGGAACGUGAGUGUACCACUGUCUUGUGCUAUUCUCUGCUCACCUCUGUCUAUAAAAGGUGCAGCUGAUAAGGCCCCCAGCAUCAGCCGGCGGCUGCUGAUGUGAGAACCAGAGACCAGGCCAAGGGUAGUAGGUGAGAAGAGCCCUCCGGCCAACGCAGACCUUUGUGUGGGCUUUAAUGCUGCCUCCCUCUGAGGUUUGUUUGCAAGCAGACCCAAGUGACUCCAGCGGCUGCACCGGGGCUGAGAGAAUGCUACGAGGAGCAUGGCCACCACCGAGAAGGAGGCCCGUCGGGGUGGAGAGGGUGAACGAGGGCAGAAUGCCACAUGUUCCUGGGGGCUUGGAUGCAGGUGACAGUAGCUGAGCACUGCAGGACGAGAGCCUAGGAAUCUGCUUCACUGUGGCCCGAGCUCCUUUCGAGUCAGAGCAGGUAUGGCCAAGGGGGAGCCCACAUUUUAGGACAUUGGGUUACUACUGUCCUUGUGCCCAGAGCUUUGGGACCCGGCUGACUGAAGGUCAGGCGCAACAGGUGACACCUGGCUCAGAGGUGGGAGUGGGCAAUGGGGGGUUGGAGGUGGCAUGGGAGCAUCCAAUGACCCUGUGUAAACCUAAAGAUAAACUCCAGGGACUGUGAGACGGCGCUGGGUUAAGACGGACUCUAACAGGAGCCCCGGGAGAUCGAGCUCACCCAGUUCAGCCCUGGGAGCGGGAGGAGGAAACAUCCGGCUCUUUGCACAAAUGGUGGCGGAGCUUCUGAGAGCCGGUCCUGAGUGUUGUCACCUGGGCUGUGGUUUGGGCUGCGCAAGGGGGCAGCCCCACUGGAGUUUUUAUAGAGCCGCCCUGUUCCUGAUGGGUAGUCUCCAAACUCUCUGAUCUCCGGGGAUAUUUUAUGAGCUGACUAAUGCCCUUUAAUAAAUCACUGCCCUGCUUAAACCUGCCAGAGUGGACCCUGUGGCCUGCCGCCGGGGACCCUGCCCGGUGCAACCGGAGCCUAGAAUACCUCACGUGUCCCAGUAUCACUUUCCUCCCACUUUGUAGUUCAGGCUGAUGUUACAGGAACGUCCCACGCUCCGGCCUCCGAUCGCCGGGCUACGUGGGAGAGGGGCAGGAGGGGUGGGGCUGGGAGAGGCCAGCCUGCACCAGGUGUUCAGGCAGAGGAGACAGCUCACAAUGAAGGGCUCUGCCCCAGAGAACCAACUGGAAAGGCCAGGAAACACUCCACAGAAAUUCAUGCGUCUUCCUUUUAUUACAGAGGUCCUGUAGGGACACAUACCCACUUCUAGGACAGGGCUCAGAAGCCUGGCCCCACUGUCACCGUUGUCACAGUCUCCAUCGCCCUGGCCAGGACCCAAGGACGCAGGCUCAGGAGUAGGUCUUUCCUGGCCUCCUGCUGCAGAAGCAAGAGUUCAGAUACACACCGGAUUUCCCAGGGAUGCACCUACAAUAUGAAGCAAAGAAAGACUAUACUUCAUUGCAUGUAGAUCUUCACCAAACAUUGUCCCUCUCUUUGAAAGUCAUGUCACCAACGACAGCACUUCUUAUGGCAUUUGAGUCCCCAGCACAACGGUCCGGUACCAUUCUGCAUUUGUAAUAGGUCAAGUCACAGAGGUUCCACACGGAGGGACAAGGAGCCAACUCUUCAUCGUGUCUUCCGGGGGAGUGAGGCCCAGACACUUACAUAUACUAUUUAUGUUCCAUUCCAUUGCUCAACCUUAUGUUAUGUUAUAUCCUAUCAUGUCAUGUAGUCACAUCAUUUAUGUUAUAUUGUGUUCCAUACGUACACAUUAUUUCAUUUAAAAUUACUUUCUCCAUUGGAGUUAGGGCAUUAUAUCGAUUUUGGAAAUCCAUACAGGUAGAGGGUAUCACCUAUGAACUUCGUUUUAGGAUAGCAAGGGAGUCGUUACUGAGUACGUACUAGAACAAGGCUGUGUGGUGUCUGACCAUUCUACAAGGCACUGCCUUUGCUGGACCCCAGGACCUUCGAUUCUCCUCCAGGCCCACCCAAUCGGCUUCCCUCAUUAAUGUUCCCUGCACAGCCUUGUAGGCCUUUGAGUUUUCUGCCCCUGCUCUCAUUAUUCCAAGUCCCUGAUAGCCGCCCCGCAGACCAGGCUCCUCUAACCUUAUUUCCCAGGAUCAAAUUAUAUAAGGUGACAUAUGCAAACUCCCC